AGUCAUACCAUCUUCAUUUAUUCAUCAUAUACAUUUGUUCACGAUACUAAUCAUGACAGUCCUCGACACACCACAAUAUCCCACACACAAUGAGUUCAGAAGUGACACGUUCACUGUGCCCACCCAGUCGAUGCUCGACUCCGCCUACCACGCCACCUUUGGAGACUCGGUGUACAAAGAAGACCAAAGCACUUUGGACCUCGAAUCCUACAUGUGCCAACUCACCGGCAAAGAGGCCGCAUUGUUCUGUGUCAGCGGAACCUUGUCCAACCAGGUUGGGUUGAGAGCCAACUUGUACCAGCCUCCAUAUUCGGUUCUCUGUGAUUACAGAUCACACGUCUAUCUACACGAAGCCGGGGGAUUGGCAACACUCUCACAGGCGAUGGUGCACCCGGUUGUUCCCGCUAAUGGAAACCACUUGACUUUGGACGACGUUCUCCGCAAUUACACGCCAGACAACGCCGACAUCCACGCGGCUCCCACGAAGGUGAUUUCCCUCGAAAAUACCCUCCACGGAAUCGUGAUGCCCAUUGAGCAUAUCCGCCAGAUCAGUCAGUUUGCCCGGGAUAAUGGCAUUAAGCUUCACUUGGAUGGGGCUCGUUUGUGGAACGCAUCGGUAGAAACAGGUGUUUCAAUUAAAGAAUAUUGCAGCUACUUCGACUCGGUUUCUUUGUGCUUGUCAAAGUCGUUGGCAGCUCCCAUGGGGUCGAUACUAGUGGGGCUGCGGGUGUUUGUGGAAAAGGCUAACCACUUUAAAAAGCAAAAUGGAGGGGGAAUACGGCAGGCGGGGAUGAUGACAGCCAUGGCGCUCACGGCCAUUAAGGAGAAUAUGCCCCGGCUUCAUGUGGCCCACGAAUACGCCCGGGAUGUCGGUCGGUUCUGCACUGAUCACGGCAUUAAACUUGAGAGUCCGGUCGACACCAAUUUCGUGUUUCUCGAUAUGGCUGCAAACAGAAUGAGUCAAGACCGAUUGAUCGCAAUUGGUCACAAUCACAACAUUAAAAUUAUGGGAAAUCGGAUAUCCUUUACGUUCCAGAAUAGCCAAGAAAGUGUGGAUGUUCUAAAAGACGUGAUUCUUGAGUGCUAUAAAGAAGCUCAGGUCAAUCCGUACUAUGGGAUCGCAUCUAAUAAGCAGUUGUAUAAUUACAAGCUGGUGUUAAGAUCAGGGGAAGAAACAAAAUAAAACUCUCUGGAUGUAAUUAGCUAGGUUGGUCCGGCUUCCAAGCCCAUAUUAAUAGACAAACAAAUCCCGCCUUUCACAGGCGUGUAGUAAAGAUCCUCAUGUCCGGUGCGGACAAGAGUGAAGAAGGCUUAAAGUAGAUAGUGGUAAUC